AUGGUUGGUGUCCCUGGGAGAUCAAAAGGAUGUAACACCUGUCGCAAAAGAAAGAAAGGCUGCGACUUGCGGCGGCCCGCAUGUGGCCAAUGUCUAGCGAGCGGCAGAGUAUGCGAAGGCUACGAGCGACCACUCAGUUUUGUGCCCUAUAGAGACGGUAAUCGAGGUGUAUUACCUGAUACCGGUGGCUUAGGUCAACGGUCGACAAGGAACCAGUUGAAAGACCCACUAUUGCUGGUCCACAAUGGCCUUGAUCGAGCGUCGUGGGAGAAUUUGGUCCUUGGCCGAUUUUGGGAGAUUCACUUACCGGGUAAAGAGCUCAUCAUGAGCCCUUUCGCUGAACUCUCAACUUCGAUAGGAUGGUAUGAUCUGGCUUCCUGUUUAGCAUUCGGCGAUUCGGUCUUGAGAUUGUCACUUCUAGCUCUAAGCUUCGCGCGAUUACACCUUCUCGAUCCAGACAAUAACGAUACCCUUCAUCACAGCAUCAAGCUGUAUGGAGAUGCACUCAAGGAAUUAAAUGUCGCUUUGAGAUACAGAAAUCGAAGGUUGAGCGACGAUGUCUUAUAUGCUUGUGCAGUUCUAGCGCUCUACGAGGUAUUUCAGGGCGCUGCAGCCGCAACAGGAAGGGAGCAGAUUCAAUCGCUUGGAUACAGUUGGAUGAGCCACACGAAAGGGGUUUGUAUACUCCUCCAAGUAAGAGGACCAGAGCGACAUUCGGACGGUUUAGCUCAUCGACAGUUUCGAUCGAUGCGACUGAACGGCCUGAUAUCAGCAAUACAAGCGCGGAAGAAGAGCUUCUUCAACACUGAAGAAUGGCUCAGCAAACCGUGGUCUAAGAAUCCUAAGAAUCUGAGAGACGAAGUGAUAGACAUUCUAGCGGUUGUCCCUGACAUGCUCGAGAAUGUCGAUGCGACUCGUGCCAUGCUUUACACCGGCGAAGACUCAGAUCUCGUUUUCGAUGAGCUACAGUGCAUCGUCGGCAGAUGCUGUCAUAUAGACAUUGCACUACAAGACUGGAUGGACAAACUGCAAGCUUUUUGCCGUAAGUCUAACUUCAGCCAUGCCUGGCCUGAAGCUCUCAUAGACAGCCCGAAUGAUGUACCUGCAGGGGUCUAUUCUCUCGCACAUAUCACCAUACUAUACUGGGCAAUAUGCAUCGUCGUAUACACCAACCUUCGCCAAGUCAUAGCUGACCUCGGUGCCCUCCGACCAAGCUAUGCCCCUAUGACACUAUCUCCACACACAGAACCUAGCCAAUACGCAACCAUGAUCCGCAAAGCCGCGCCGUACUUUUUCCAUCCCGCACUUGGUGGCAUUGGACCUACUAACGCAUCCUUCCCUAUGGGAAUUGCAAUGCUGUACUUCGGCGCCAGCGAAAACGAAGAGGAACUACAGGCCAUCCUCGCAUACUUCUCGCAGCUUCGCAUGGGAGGCACGAUUAAAAGAUUCCUAAAUAGUAUGCGCGCAGACAGUGUAAAUGGCCGCGUUAUGCCCACUGAGGAAAGUCACAGCCGAGGCCAGCUGGGCCAGCACAAUACGGCUAUACGGUGGUGGGGCUUCGUGAUCAGUCCUCUCAUGCCUGGUACGGAAAGCGAAGAGGGGAUGCGCAGGAAUAAAAUAGGUGUCUAUGGAUCCUGCCUCUUUGAGUAA